AUGACAUGUUGGUGCUGGUCUAGGGCACGGCAUGGGGUAGAACCGUCCGCCUCGCUAGCGGUGGCCUGCGUGAUCGCCGAGAUCAAGGGAUUGGGACAGAGGGUGUCCCCUGAGAAGUCCGAGGCAAUGUGGUUUUGCCGCAAGGCCGAUCACGGGAGGCCUCUAGCUGGUUAUUGUCUGAGGUUGGAGGGGGCUGAGAUCGGGGUUGGAACAAGAAUAAAGUAUCUGGGUCUGACCCUCGACAGCCACUGGACCGUCGGCGCUCACUUCGAGCGCCUGGCACCGUCUGUUGAGGCGACGGCGAACGCCUCAGGAUGUUUGCUACCUUGGCUGGGCGGGCCCGACGUCGGAGUGCGCCGGCUGUACGCCGGCAUGGUGCGAUCGAGGCUCCUCUACGGAGCUCCGAUCUGGGCGGAGGAUCUGAUGACCAACCGUCGCAGUCUCCUAGCGGUCAGGAGGCUGCACAGGACGGUGGCCAUCAGGGUAGUGAGGGGCUUGCGUACCAUUUCGGCGGCAGCAGCGGCGGUGCUCGCCGAGUUUCCCCUGUUCGAAUUGCAGGCCCUGAGGUGUCGCGAGAUUUAUCCUCACACUCGGGGUCUGUCGGGCGGGAUAGACCCGAUGGGCGCCGACGUCAGCGUUCGGGCUCGGCGGGCUUUGCUUGACAGAUGGCGCGCCAGCCUCGACACGAGAUGGGGUGGGCCGGGGAUAAGGGUCCUUGGGACCGUCCUUCCAAACUGGGACGCUUGGUUGGACGACAGCGGGUCUCCCCUGACCUACAGGGUGACGAAGGUGCUCACCGGACACUGUUGCUUCGGCGAGUAUCUGUACCAAAUCGGGAAAGAGGCGACCGCGCGUUGCCACCACUGCAAUGCGAUCGUGGAUUCGGCGCAGCACACGCUGGAAAGUAUUCCAGCAGUAGCCCGGCCUGGGCGGCCGGCGCCGCGACAUCAUCGUGGAAAUCGGAUGGGACCUCUCGCCGCCGACGAUCCUCGAGGCGUUGUUGGCAAGCGAGAGAAGAAGGAUGGCCGUGACCUCCUUCUGUGA